AUCUCAUUACAUAUCUCAAUAAGUGUGUUUGAGCAUUCUUGAGCGAGCGAUCGAGGGAGGCGAAUACUUAAAACGAAACGGAACCACAGUCGAUCAACUUUUCCAAAACCUUCCUCAUAUUUCCUUCGCACUGUUAGUUUCCGGCGGCCGAAGAAGGUGGUUUCCGUGCUACUGGGUCCGAUGGCCGGCGGUUCAGAUGCGGCCGAAACUGUUACCUUAUCUUGCGUGCGAUGCGGCAAACCUUCGCACCUUCAGUGUCCGAAGUGUAUGGAACUGAAGCUUCCUCGUGAAGGUGCUGCUUUCUGCACUCAGGAUUGUUUCAAGGCAUCUUGGAGCACUCACAAAUCGGUACAUUUAAAAGCAAAACUGUCCUUGAUAGGGACUGGUACUUCUGGGGAACAAAAUUCAGAUCUUGUGAGUGAAGGUUGGUUAUAUUGCUUGAAGAAAGGACAGGCAAGAACACCAAAACUUCCCCAUUUUGAUUGGACGGGGACUCUAAGGCCAUAUCCCAUAUCUAGCAGGCGUAUUGUACCUCCCCACAUAGACCAGCCAGACUGGGCAGAUGAUGGAAUACCAAAAAUUGAGCCAAAUAGUGAUUUUCAACAUGUUGUUGAGAUAAAAAAACCAGAUCAAAUUGAGAAAAUGAGAGAGACUUGCAGGAUUGCAAGGGAAGUUUUAGAUGCAGCUGCUAGAGUGAUUAAACCUGGUAUAACUACUGACGAAAUUGAUCAUGUGGUUCAUGAGGCAACGAUAGCUGCAGGUGGAUAUCCAUCUCCACUCAAUUAUCAUUUUUUUCCCAAGUCUUGCUGCACUUCUGUUAAUGAAGUGAUUUGUCACGGCAUUCCUGAUGCAAGGAAAUUACAGGAUGGUGAUAUUGUAAAUGUUGAUGUGACUGUGUACUAUAAAGGGGUUCAUGGUGAUCUCAACGAGACGUACUUCGUAGGAGAAGUUGAUGAAGAGUCCCGACGUCUAGUCCAAUGUACUUACGAGUGUUUGGAGAAAGCUAUCGCCAUGGUGAAACCUGGAGUUAGAUUUCGUGAUGUUGGAGAAGUUAUUAAUCGUCAUGCUUCGAUGUCCGGCUUGUCUGUGGUCAAGUCAUAUUGUGGGCAUGGCAUUGGAGAGCUCUUUCAUUGUGCCCCAAAUAUUCCACAUUAUGGAAGAAACAAAGCGGUCGGUGUCAUGAAAGCCGGGCAAACCUUUACAAUCGAACCGAUGAUCAAUGCAGGAGUAUGGCGCGAUCGGAUGUGGCCUGAUGGAUGGACUGCUGUUACUGCCGAUGGCAAACGAAGUGCUCAGUUUGAGCACACCCUCUUGGUAACAGAAACUGGAGUUGAAGUUCUCACAGCACGGUUGCCUUCAUCUCCCAAGGUAUUUCCAUGGCUGGACUGAUGAACAAAAUCAAAUCAAUCACUGUGGUCAUCAACAGAUGCAAGAGAUCAUAAUCCUGACUAGGCCUCGGAUUCAGACGCCAGAUUUUCGACACUAAUUCUUGUUACUGCCCUGUUUCUAUUGGUCCACAGUGCUGAAGCUUGGAAACAUAGAACAAUAAUGUUGUAGCAAUAAGACUGUUUUAUCUAUUAUUUACAUUAGUAGCCAUUUUUGUCAGUUGGGCUUGAGGGUGAUGAAGCCCAUUGUGUUGAGGCCCAUCAAAGGCCCACGUUUAAUGCUCUUCUACUUCUAUACACACCCAAAUCCAAUAACUUCGAGGUUCGGCUUUGUGAAUUUUAUACUAUCAAAAUUUGUCAUUGUCUCC